GCGUUGGAAUGUGUGCAGCGCUACUAGGACCACGUCGCGCAGUCUCCGCCUCCAGCUUCGAAGCUCGUGGCGCGAGCUAAGAUUUCAGGUCUCUUACGAGUUUUUCCGGGCUGCCAAGCCCCUUCAGAUUGAAUUGUAAGGGUCGAGAGGAAGAGUUCUGGUUGUGGGCAUCGUUGGUCGCAGCUCGUCGCCAUGGCGGUCUCUUGUCGAUUGCAAUCGCCAUUCCUAUCCUCUGUCUCUUCCCCUCUAUCCGCCUCAACGUCGUCAAGCAGCCACCAGAAUGUGGAGCUACCGCUUGCCAGAAUAGAGUCGCAAGUUCGCUGCGUUCAGCUUCCCAAAGGGUGCAGUACGAGCCGGCGACCACAAUUGAGAGUAUGUGCUGAAUUAGGCGCAAGUAGUGAACAGGCUGUGGAUCUGAAUGAUUCCGUGUCUGCUUCAGAGUCGGGGAAGAGCGGUGAAAUUGCUGUUCAGACUGGAACGUGGAAGUGGCGAGAGCACAAUAUACGAUAUCAGCGCGCCGGCGGUUCUGGACCAGCAGUAGUCCUCAUCCAUGGGUUCGGGGGUAACUGUGAUCACUGGCGAAAGAACAUUCCAUACCUGGCCAAGUCGCAUCGAGUUUUUGCCAUCGAUCUUCUGGGGUACGGGUUUUCUGACAAGCCCAAUCCACGUGACCAACCACCCAACACCUUAUACUCAUUUGAGACAUGGGGCAGUCAAAUUUUGGACUUCUUAUCUGAUGUCGUUAAUGAUCGGGCGUUCCUUAUUUGCAAUUCUGUUGGUGGGGUAGUAGGUUUAGAAGCCUCCCUGAAAGACCCACAGAAGGUGCGAGGAUUAAUGUUGGUCAAUGUAUCGCUACGUAUGUUGCACUUGAAGAAGCAGCAGUGGUAUGUGCGUCCAUUCGUCAAAGCACUCCAGAAUGUCUUACGAACAACUACUUUGGGACAACAAUUUUUCAAGUCGGUUGCCAAACCUGAAGCCGUGAAGAAGAUCCUUCGUGAGUGUUAUCACGAUGACAGCGCUGUCACGGAUGAGUUAGUAGAAAAAAUCCUGACACCGGGACUUCAACCAGGAGCAGUCGAUGUCUUCUUAGAUUUCAUCUGCUAUUCUGGUGGCCCUCUUCCUGAAGAAAUGCUACCUCAAGUGAAGGUCCCGGUGGUGAUUGCAUGGGGAGAAAAGGAUCCUUGGGAACCAAUUGCUUUGGGGAAGGCUUACGGUGAGUUCGACACAGUGGAGGACUUCAUUGUACUUCCCAACGUCGGACAUUGCCCACAGGAUGAAGCUCCUCAUCUGGUGAACCCGCUAAUAGAGAAGUUUGUAGCUCGUCAUUCAGGAGCGUAACUCACAGAUUGAGUGCGUGGUUCGGAGUUGCAUCUUUGUUGUGCGAUCCUUCAUUUAGUCGGUUCCAGCAUGAUAAUUUCCGUGCUCAUCGUGUAUCCUACAGAUUCUUCGUCUGACAUUCUUUAACUCAACGAAAUACCUGUAUCACAAACCUUUGAUUGCCUUCGCGUAGGAAUUUUCUUCCUUUAUUAUUGAUCUCAAACCUUGGAAACGAGUGCAUUUGCAUUGAGCUAAUGCUGAAUGUAUUGAGUGAAUGUUCCUCUAUUGUGAAACUUGUAACAUUAUGACAAUCAAUGCAUUGAAUCAAAGUAAUAAUUUUAAUC